AACCCUCGCAAAAUGUAUUAUAUCCUAUAAAAUUUUUGGCUUCUCAAAUCUUUAUUUUCCGUAUAAACUCACGUAAACCAGAAGCAAGAGAUUGUAGAUUCUCUUCCCCGGCUUUCCCCUUUUCAAUGGUGAUGGAGGAUAACGAGAGUUGCGGUAGCAGAGCGCAGGAGCCGGCGUCCCCGUUGCAGAGCCGCCAGCAUCGCCAGAAACUCGAGGUUUACAAUGAGGUGUUGAGUCGCCUCAAAAAAUCCAACAAUGAAGAGGCCAAUUGCUUUGGCUUCGACGACGAGCUUUGGAAUCACUUCAAUCGUCUUCCUGCUAGAUAUGCGUUGGAUGUGAAUGUGGAGAGGGCAGAAGAUGUUCUUAUGCACAAGAAAUUACUACAUUUGGCUCAUGAUCCUGCCAAUAGACCUGCAAUUGAAGUCCGUCUCGUGCAGGUCCCACGUGUCAGUACCUGUGACAUGACCACUGGAAGCUUAUAUUUUCCAAGUACUCUUAGAAGUUGGUUGUAUCCAGGAAACCUAGAAGUUGGAGUUCAGUCAAUUUCUGAUGGGAACUUAGCUGUUUCUAAUCUUUCAGACUCCGUGAGUGAAGAAGUUGCCCAAAGUCCUCUAACACAGUCUAACAGACAAGGCAUACACCCACCACCUGCCUUUGGCUCAUCACCUAACCUUGAAGCCCUUGCACUAGAAGCAAAUAAAUCAGAUGAAAAAGAUGGAGAUUGUUCUGUACAUGCCAAUACAAUGUUCUCUCGGCCCAUGCAUGAGAUUACGGUUUCAACAGAUGACAAACCUAAACUUCUUAGUCAGUUGACUGCAUUACUUGCUGACAUUGGUCUAAACAUCCAGGAAGCACAUGCUUUUUCCACAUUUGAUGGUUACUCCUUAGAUGUUUUUGUUGUUGAUGGUUGGCCAUAUGAGGUAACAGAGCAGCUUAGAAUUGCAUUAGAAAAGGAAGUUUUAAAAAUUGAGAAGCAAUCUUGGCCAAAGCAAUAUUCAUUAUCUCCUAAUAGUGACCAUGAGGAUAUUGGGGUCCAAUUUGACCCUAAUCAUGUGGCAAUACCUAAUGAUGGGACAGAUGUCUGGGAAAUUGAUAUGAAACACCUGAAGUUUGAGAAAAAAGUUGCAUCUGGAUCAUAUGGAGAUCUCUAUAAAGGAGUUUACUGUAGUCAGGAUGUGGCUAUUAAGGUCCUCAAGCCUGAGCGCAUAAAUUCUGAAAUGGAGAAAGAGUUUGCCCAGGAAGUCUUUAUCAUGAGGAAAGUUCGACAUAAGAAUGUGGUGCAAUUUAUUGGUGCAUGUACCAAGCCUCCAACUUUGUGCAUUGUAACAGAAUACAUGUAUGGUGGAAGUGUAUAUGACUACCUACACAAACAGAGGGGUGUGUUUAAGCUCCCAACCCUACUUAAAGUUGCAAUAGAUAUUUCCAAAGGAAUGAACUACUUGCACCAAAGUAAUAUAAUCCAUAGGGAUUUGAAGGCUGCAAAUCUUCUGAUGGAUGAAAAUGAAAUUGUUAAGGUUGCUGAUUUUGGGGUUGCUAGAGUGAAAGCUCAAUCUGGAGUAAUGACAGCUGAAACUGGGACAUAUAGGUGGAUGGCUCCUGAGGUAAUAGAACACAAGCCAUAUGAUCACAAGGCAGAUGUUUUCAGUUUUGGAAUUGUGUUAUGGGAGCUGCUAACUGGAAAGCUUCCAUAUGAGUACUUAACCCCAUUACAAGCAGCCGUUGGAGUGGUUCAGAAGGGUCUACGGCCCACUAUCCCCAAGAACAUUAAUCCCAAGCUUGCCGAAUUACUUGAGAGAUGCUGGCAACAAGACCCAACACCAAGACCUGAUUUUUCUGAAAUCAUAGAGAUCUUGCAGCAAAUUGCUAAGGAGGUGGGAGAUGAAGGUGAGGAUCGGCGUAAAGAGAAAACAUCUGGAUUUUUCUCUGUCCUUAGAAGAGGCCACCAUUAAAGUAGUGGGAUAUAGAAGUAAUCUUGAUUCAUAACCUGAAGAUAGUCACCAUUUUCACCUCCAAUGUACAGUAUAAAAUGACUAGGAUUAACUUUCUCUAUUUUGUUCUCGUUUCAUAAUUUGGUGUCAGUCUCCAUUUUUUAACCAUUUCCUUUUGCAUUGUUAUAUCAAUGUAGCAAGGGAGAGUGGUCUAAAAAUGAGCUUAAACUUCACGUUAUUGGCGCGGCUAUACUAUUAAUCAAUCAGAUUUUUCCUU